UGCAAAAAUUAACUUUCGUUGUGGUCUUUGAAUGGAUGGGUGUAGAGCGAGGCAUUCCAGGGCCGGGAUUCCACAGAAACCAGAUCAGUUGGAAGAGACCAAAAGACCAAAGAUAGGACUGUGUGAGAAGAGAAAUGGCGUACCUUUGGUUUGCAAUUUUAGGACAAGAGAAGCUUCGUCUGGAUACAAGACAUCAAAAGCUUCUCUUUCCAUUCAGGUUGUUCCUCGACGAUCCCAAUCUCCAACUUUUAAUCCCAAAUCAAAUGAACAAGAGCUGAAGCUGCCAAGGAGAUCUAAGUCUGCUGACAGAAUAAGGCCUUCGAAUUCUCUAUCUGUUUGUUCCAGACCUUUGACACCCUCUUCCAAAUCCUUAAGACCUUCCACUCCUACAUAUGAUUCAGUGACACAUUUGUUAGCUGUAAGAACUUCUGAUGGACUUUGGCCUGCAAUGAAGACUCUGUCUUCAUCAUUUGGUUUGAAUUCUACUCCUCUUCAGAGUAGAAUUCCUGAGAGGAAAUGGAUUCCUUCUCAGAGUAGGAGAACUUCUGAUCUCUCUGAGAAUUCUAGACCUUUGGACGAUUUGCAUGGAAGAACAGUGGAGCAGGACCCGGGACUUGGUUUGAGAAGUAGAAUGAUAUCUGCUAAUAGUUCAAAGUUCAACUCUUUGAUUACACCAUCUAGAGGGAUUUUACAUGGAAGUAUUCAUGAUUCUCAUGGUUCUGAUAAAGGGCACAAACAAUUGAAAAGUAAGGUUGAAAGAAGAGUAACUCUUGAUUGUAAUGGGCAGUCAAAACAUGAAUCUUGUAUGAGUUUGUCUUCUCCCCGUUUAUGCUCUUCUGAAAAGGCUUUGCAGGUGAGAAAAGCAAGUUGGAGAAGUUCGUCACCUACAUCAGGAUCUUAUCAUGUUUUCCCUCUGAACAAGACUUUAUCUGCACCACACCCUACACUGAAACAGAUUAGUAGUCCUUCCUUCACAUCUAACAGCACAAAAAGUGGAGAAUGUCCUACUGUUGAAGUGAGGAGAGGAAAACAAGGUACUAAACGCAUCGAAGGUGCUCAUCAACUACGUAUGUUGUAUAACAGAUACUUGCAAUGGCGCUUUGUGAAUGCUCUAACUGAGGAUGUUUUAUCUGUGCAACGAAUAAGAGCAGAGACUAAACUUUACGAUAUGGAGAAUGUUUCUUCAGAAUUAUGCGAUCCUUUCGUUAAGAAAAUAAUUUAUAAGCAUCACAUGAAGCAAGAUAUGAAGCUGAACAUGCUUCUGACUGAACAGAUAACAUACCUUGAAGACUGGGCCGCUAUUGAAAAUGAACAUCAUUUUUCAUUAUCUGGAACAACUAGAGCUCUAAAGGCGAGCACAUUAUGGAUUCCUGUAACAGGAGAAGCCAGGGGGGAUAUAAAAGCCCUGAAAAAUGCCAUCAAUUCAGCAGUGGAUGCAAUGCAGGCAAUAAGUUCUUCAAUUUGUUAUUUGUCAUCUAAGGUAGACCAACUAAGUUCACUUACUUCCGAAGUUUUGGCUUCUGCAAGAAAAGAAAGAUCCAUGCUUGACGACUGCACUGAACUACUAGUUUUUGCAGGAGAGCUGCAGGUACAUAAUUCCAGCCUCAGAGCACACAUAAUGCAGCUGGGCCAGGUUCUAUCUCCAUGUUUUUGAAUCGAGCUUGAAUUAAAAAAAGAUGCAUUAUGAGGCACCUGAGGUAAUUCAAUUGCAAAAGGAAAGAGAAUAUUACCAUUCACCAGUAGUCCCG